AUGUUCGAUAGAGCAGCGGUGAACGGAGGGCAGGUUACUGCUCUCAAGUCAUCUCAUGAAAAUGAGAUUGAAAGGAACUUGAGUCGUGAAGACAAGAUGUUGACAACAGAAAAGGAGGCUCCAGUGUUUGUUGAAGAGCCAGAAUCUCCUUGGCAGGAUCCCAACUACUUUAAGGGGAAAUGGGAUGAGGUUUUAUUCGUUCUUUCAUGUAUGAUGGGCCAACUUUUGAACCAAGCGGGUAGUACGAUGACUUUAUCGACUAUGAAGGUAUUGGAAAGAGAGCUAGAUUCUUCUUCAGCUAAAAGCUCAUGGCUAAUGGCCUCUUUCCCAUUGGUUUCCGGCUCAUUUAUCUUGAUUAGUGGGAGACUGGGUGAUAUUUACGGUUUGAAAAAGAUGUUAUUGCUAGGUUACAUAUGGCUGACAAUCUGGUCCCUUAUUUGUGGAUUAUCAAGCUUCUCACAUAAUGACACAUUUUUCAUUACCAGUAGAGCUUUCCAAGGUCUGGGUAUUUCUUUUGUUCUGCCUAAUCUUUUGGGUAUUGUGGGCAACAUCUAUAAGCCUGGCACUAGAAGGAAGAAUAUAGUUAUCAGUUUGAUUGGUAUGUGCGCACCAAUUGGAGCCACGUUUGGGGGAUUAUUUGCGGGAGUUGUUGUUAUCCGGAAAGAUAGCGAUUGGCCUUGGGCGUUUUAUGCAUACACCAUUGCCGCUUUUCUGACUACCAUCAUCAGCUACUUUGUCAUACCAAAUAGCAUUCCAGUCAAUGUUAACAAAUUUGCCAUGGAUUGGAUUGGUUCAGCUUUAGGCGUUAGUGGGCUGGUUCUCUUCAACUUUGUAUGGAACCAGUCGACAGUUGUAGGAUGGGCAACGGGCUAUAUUAUUGCUCUUUUGAUCGUUUCUAUAUUCUUGAUUGCGUUGUUCUUCAUUUUUGAGAUAAAAUAUGCUAAGGUUCCUUUGUUACCCAAGGAAGUCACUGAAAGUCGCUCGAUAAUCAUGAUUCUCGCAUCGCUAAUGGCAGGCUGGGGAUCUUUUGGUAUCUGGAUAUUUUAUUACUUCCAGUUUGUUCUAACUCUGAGAAAUUAUUCACCAGUCUGGGCUGGGGGAACAUUCUUCAUGGUUUCCAUCGUGGGUUGUAUCGCAGCCUUGACAGUGGGAUUCUCAAUCAAAAGGGUAGGGCCUGCAGUUUUAUUAUUCUUCUCAAUGAUUGCGUUUACUUGUGGAUCUAUCAUUCUUAGUGUCACACCAGUUCAUGAGACUUACUUCCGUUCGUGCCUAGGAGCCAUGGUGAUUCUAUCGUUUGGUAUGGAUCUCUCAUUCCCUGCAGCUUCCAUCAUCCUGAGUGAUGAAUUGUCCAUGCAAUAUCAGGGUAUGGCUGGAUCACUUGUCAACACAGUGGUAAAUUACUCAAUGUCACUUUUCCUUGGUAUUGGAGGGACCAUUGAGCGCCAAAUCAAUAAAAGUGGAGACAGACUACUCGAGGGCUUUCGCGCUGCUCUUUACUUUGCAAUCGGAGUGGGAAGUUUGGGCAUAUUAAUCAGCGGUGUUUUCGUGCUUCAAAAAGAGCUGAUGAGAAGUAAAUCCCGUAAAGAGAACGAACUGGAAUAUAAUGGGAGUUGA